AUGAUAUUUGCUCCAUUGGCAGGAGUAAACCAUCAUGGUCAGAUUGUCAUUUUUGGAUGUGCUUUGUUGAGUGGUGAAAAGAUAGAAUCUUUUAUUUGGUUAUUCAAUCAUUUGUUGGAUGCAAUGCCAAGGGGUUCACCUCAGGUGAUUAUUACGGAUCAAGAUCCUGCAAUGACUAAGGCUAUUUCUCAAGUUCUUCCAUCAACUUGUCAUCGAUACUGUAUCUGGCAUAUUUUGAAUAAAUUUUCAGAGAAGAUAAAUACGCUGGUUUAUCGGGAUAACUAUCAUUGGUUCAAAAAUAUAAUUUUUAACUCUGAGACCAUUGAAAAGUUUGAAAGUAGUUGGGUUAAGUUAUUGAAGCAUACUAAUUUGGAAGAUAAUACAUGGUUGCGCCAACUAUAUGAAAUCUGCAACAAGUGGGUUCUUGUUUAUUUUAAUUAUAUCUUCAAUGUAGGAAUGUUGAGCAGUCAAAGAGCAGAAAGUUCACAUGCAUUUUUGAAAAGGUACAUCUCAAACAAAAAUUCAUUGAUGGACUUUAUUGUACGCUUUAAUAGAGCUGUUAAUCAUAAAAAACAUGAUGAGUUAGUUGCAGAUCAUAUUGAUGUGAAUGAGCAACCAAAGUUGAAAACUAUGUGCCCAAUGGAGACACAAAUGGUGAAAAUAUACACAAAGAGAAAUUUUAAAAAUUUUCAAGAUGAGUUAUUUGCGAGUUCUGCAUAUUUCUUAAGUUGCACAUUUGAGGAUGAUGAAUCUAUGCUUUAUAAUGUGCAGAAGGCUGGUGGAAGUUAUUCAUCAAGAAGUAGACAACUUGACUAG